AUGCGCGCAGAAUGUCGUAGGAAAGAUGUAACAAGCGUGGAACCGUCGACAAAGCAGGCCGUAGCCCGCGCGCCGGACCCUCGACGCAUCUGGGCCUGCGGGAGCGGGGCUGGAAGAACGGCGGGGAGACCGAGCGAGUGCAUGCGGGCGAGCGAUGGUGCGCCGGUGAGUCGCCGAAGGCGAGCUCGUGGUGCGCGACGAUCGUCGUGGAUGGUGACAGACGUGCACGUAUGUAUCACGUGCGCGCAAGAGGCGUUGGACGAGAGUCCGUCAGCUUUCCUACUCUCAAACCGGCGCUACAACAUUUCUACUGCGCGGGCCUCCGAGGGCCCUCUACGAAGCACGCUAGCGCGCGCUAGAUGUUUCCCCAAAGCGAACCGAGGAGCCGUUGAUUUUGUAUACGGCGACUCGGAUUAUAAAGGGGCUGUAACUAACGUUUUCGUCUACUUCCGGCCAUUUGCGCCAGGUACACAUGUCUUCAAGAUCGCGUCCCAGCUGGUAUUCCAGAAGAUGAUUUAUAAAAUAUGUGGUUUUUUAAGAAAGUUGUGGGCGUGA